AUGCUCGGGAAACUCUUCAACCUCGGUGCGGCGGCCGGGACAGGGGCCGUACCCUCGGCUCAGGCGUCUUCCCAUAAGCCAUUCUCACUCGAAUCGGUACAGGAAGACAUCCACACGCGAAACCUGCUCUUUCCCAAUCCGCAAGAUUUGUUUGAACAUCACGCCAACCAGCUCUACCCCUUAUCCAGCGGCUCUUCGCCACUCACCAGCUCCUCCACGAACGCGUUCGAUUAUGAUGCCGAUAUCGACCUCGGCGUGCAGGAUGUGCGCAUUAUCAUCAUGCAAGAUGCCCUGAGUUCGGUUGCGGCUUCUCUGUUGUAUGACAGUCAGGCCCCUCCGGCCGUCCCAGCCGGAUAUGCGGAUCGCCCGUCGGCCACGGCCGGCUCUUAUUCGGUGCAGGAGAGACGAAAUCCGGCAUCGCCCCGAAAGCCUCCGAUCACGACUGCUGGCCGUCCCAUCAUCAUCCAGCAGGGAAGCCCCAAGACCAGGCAGGGUGCUUUUGAUCGGAGACCGUCAGUUCACAGCCGGACUCAGGGUUAUGUGGAAAGCGAGUCUCAGCGCGCAUGGCGCGAGUAUCGGGAGGAAUUGGCCACGUUUUCCAGCUGUAUCUUUGGUAACUCGGAGCUCAUGGCCUAUAAAGGAACAUCGACAAAAGUCCACGUUGUACCAUCCGAGGCCCGGCCGCUGGACAAUGGUUCCAUGUUCUCAGAUGGUCGAAGUUCCAUGGGCAGAUCUAGCAUGAGGGCGAGCAGACUAUCGCAGUCAUUCUCUUCGGAAAACCCACCACCAAUGACGACCCCGCCCACUCCAGGUGUUGCAAGCCGGGGAUAUGAGCGCAAGAAAGUGCUGAUCACGAGGCUGUUUCCGGUAAACCUGCCCUUGGACGAAAAACUUACACCGGCCGGUGCCGAAGAGAGCACUAGCUAUCCCUUCCCUCCAACCUCGGACGACAACAAGGUGAAGAAAAAGAAGUUCCAACCCAAGCAGAAACGAACGCCAAUGUAUGCUGUUGCUCUGAUAAUCAGUCUUCCCCCGCCUCCUCAGUCAACCACAACGCCGUCAGCUAGACCUGCCUUCAGAGGCUCCAACUCGUAUACGGAGCAGGACUCAUUCCCAUCAUCAUUCAGCUCGGCCCGGCGCUCAGGAUGGACUCUGGUCGGGAAUCAACCUGGCCACGCGGUGGACUCCUUUGAGACCAGUUUCAGCAGUGAUAUGGAAGAUCAGAUCGACAGCAUCACGCAACACUGGGAUAUCAUAAUGCGGACAUUAACCCAUUUGCAGUCAAAAGCAGCGAGUGUUAUUUUCCAGAUGCUCAGACAGGCAGAUUUGACCUCUCCCGAUCCGCUGCCGAGUCUUCAGCACAUGGCACGAGCGAUGCCCAUGUCUGGACGCCGCAGCGAAGACGGUGCUCCGGUCAAACCCCCAAAAACGAAUGCGAAGCCGAUUACCUUGCUACCCAAUUGUUUGCUUGAAAAUCGUCACAUCAAAGAAGAAGUAAACGCUGCCAAGACCAGAAUUGUGGCAGGCAUUCGGGCCUCCCGUGUGACAACUGGGCAGAAUCGAUGGCCGAUAUGGCGAGAUGAAACCCGCAGUGUGGCCAAAUGGGCUGGUGGAAAGGAGCAGGGCUUCUUCAUCUACACAUUGCUGACCAGCUUCCUGGCUACACACACCGACUGGCUCCAGGCCCUCAGUCCUCACGAAUACCGUCGGAGGUAUUUCUUGCAGAAACAGGCAAAAGCGGACGAGGACAAUAUGGUACCCGCCCGUACCAUCAUUGUGAGCGACAACAAGAUUGCGGCUCGUCGUUUGAUUUUCCUGCUGGCUGCCUUCCUGCCUGCAUCGCAACAGAUACCCACCAUCAGAGCGCACCGGCCAAGCACUUCGACGUCCUUUGGCACGCUCUCCCAGUCCCCUCCCUCCUUUGUAGUUCCGAUACUGAAAGAAGAAUCCUUACGGCGCAGAAUCAAUCGACGAACAGGGUCGAGAGUGCCCUCGCAUUCGCGCAAUCUCAGUUUACAGUCACAGCAUGCUCGUGGAACUGGGGUCCCGCCUCCCUUGGCCCAUCUGAGCAUGGAGGGGCGACACGAGCGGCGGGCUUCAGAUGCGACGUCAAUGCGGACAGCUCAUCUCCCGAUCAGGGGCGCUGACCACAACACACGCAAAAGCAGUGCCGCCACAACUGCAACCAUCACAGCCGAGACCAGCGUACCGCACUUUGCCACAGGCCAGGCAGCUGAUCUCUUUUCACCAGGCCGGCCGGGAAGCAGCAAUAGCGUCGCCGCCAAUGACCUGAAGCGCCUCACCAGGGACGAUGGUACAGGUGCCAACGAGCGUCGUGAAAGCUCUCGAUGGAGCGUUAUCAGCGGUUUUUGGCCCACGCGUCGACGAGAUUCUACUGCCAGGACUCCGGAUUUCGCUGAAGAGCAAAAUGGGGUCCCCCGGUCUCCGAUUAAUGCGCGGCGGCCCUCUGGCGCCGCAUUAACCAUGGUCUUCACAGAGUCUGGAAAGGGUUCGGGAACGAAACCAGUUGUUGACGCUCAGGUGUCGUCUCCAGUGAGUGGUUGUGGAGAUGCUGCUUCUCCGGGGCGGGCAUCAGCAGACACACUCGGGCUCUCUGAUCAGUCAAAUCCACCUCCGAAACUGCAGAGGACCCCGGAUCCGUCAGGGGCGUUUGAAUCGCCAGUCAAGACCUCCAUCAACAUCCAUGAUGGCGUGAUUGACGUUGACAUACCGCUGCCUGAUUUCUUGACAUCAUUUGAGAGUGCAGUGAGCUCCCCCUCCAGCAGUGGCUACCUGUCAGCCGCGGGCUUCGGGUCUGGCCUGGACACUUUUGAACAGUCCUGCCGUUUCUCUGCCGACGGAGAUGUCCCCCUGAACGUCGCCGGCUGGCUACAGCAAUACCACCCGGACUUUGUCCUGCAGGCCGUACCAGCGCAGAACGACUUGAUCAAGCAAGUCAAGGCCUCGAUGCGAGCCGAGCCCACCCCGCAAGUGUUGCCCGACGCCUUCUCGGCCGACGGGGACGCAGAGAGAUGGGUCAACAUCAGCUCCGCCAUCGUGGCCGACACGACUACGUUUACCAUCACCCGCAUCCACUACCGCCGCCUGGUCAAGCCCGGCUACACAGACGGGUCUUUGAGCGGCAGGACGCCAUCCCCUCAGGCGGCGGCGAUGACUCCUCUUACGCCUGCUGCUGCUGCCUGGACAACCCCGGCUGCUGCCGAUGGGGGGCAGGUACAAGACGAGUUCAUCGAGGAACUCAUCGUCAGCCUUGACGAGACGCUCGUCGAAGCGGUCGAGAAGGUCAUGGCUGCGGGGGGGGCAGACAUGAUGAGCAAAGCUAGUUCGUCGUGUUCCUCCCGGUCGACGAGCAAACGCAGGGAGAGAAGCAAUAGCACUUCGACGCAGGGGGAUGCUCGCUCGGCUCAUGCUACCCAUCACCACCACGGCGGGGGAGGGGGGAUGGCGCCGGAGGUUCCGCGGUCGAGGUGCAAGACUGUGCUUUUGGGGGCGUUGGAGGAGAUAAUACUGGAUGUGAUUGAGGAUAGGAAGCAGGAGCAACAGCAGCAGCAGGAGGGUAGUGGUGGUGGGAGAGAGAGUAUGGAUAAGGAUAAGGAGAGUAUUUUGAGGGAGGCGGUGAGGAGUUGGUUGGAUUUGGUGGAGGGUGGUGGUGAUGGGAGGUGGAAUGUGGAUUGGGUUUGA